AUGGACAAAGCACAUCCAUUAAAUACUCCAACGGUUGUUCGAUCACUUGAAGUGAGUAAAGAUCUGUUCCGACCUCAGGAAGAGAGUGAGGAACCUCUUGGUCCUGAAGUACCUUAUCUUAGUGCAAUUGGUGCACUUAUGUAUCUUGUUAAUGCUACGAGACCUGACAUAGCAUUUUCUGUUAAUUUGUUAGCAAGAUAUAGUUCUUCCCCUACACGAAGGCAUUGGAACGAAGUAAAACAUAUAUUGCGAUAUCUAAAAGGGACCAGUGAAAUGGAUUUGUUUUAUACUAACAAAUAUAGUGCAGAUCUUGUUGGUCAUGCAGAUGCAGGUUAUUUAUCUGACCCACAUAAAGCUCGAUCUCAAACAGGCUAUCUGUUUACAUACGGAGGUACUGCUAUAUCAUGGCGAUCUACGAAGCAGUCCAUUGUCGCUACUUCUUCAAAUCAUGCUGAGAUAAUAGCUAUUCACGAAGCAAGUAGAGAAUGUGUAUGGUUGAGAUGA